GACCAAAGGAAAAUCUCAAACUAUAACCAUGUGUUAGAAAAUUUCUUCAACUUAAAUUAGUAAACUGAUUAGUCCGAGACAAAUGCAGAAACCCUUGCUCCUACUUUGAAGCACCACCUUACUCUUUCAAAACCAUAUCUUUAAGAGGAACUAAGUUCUCUUCUUGGUCUCACCCUCAUUCCUAAUCGCAGACUGAAAACCACCGUCUCCGAAUCUCACAUUCUUGGAUCACAAGCCAAAAUCACUCUGAUAAAAAGGAGAGAGUAUUUGGUAUUACUAAAGCAAUAGUGAAUAAUGGCUGAAGAGGAUCCCAAAGAAAAGGCCGACCGUGAGCGCAUUUUCAAGCACUUCGACACCAAUGGCGACGGCAAAAUCUCGGCAGAUGAGCUAGGGGAUGCAUUGAAAGCUCUCGGAUGCGUUUCAACGGAAGAAGUGAAAUUCAUGAUGGAAGAGAUUGACACCGACCGUGACGGCUUCAUUUCUUAUGAGGAGUAUUUAUCUUUUGCUCUUGCCAACCGUGGUCUAAUGAAGGACAUUGCCAAGGUAUUUUAACAACUAUAAGUGCAUUCCUCUUCCAAUGUAUUUGUUCCUGGCAUGUAUCCUUUUCAUUGGGUUUUUGUAAGUGAUUUACCUACCAGAUGUUCACUAAUUGAUUGUUUGGGUUAAUUUGUAACUUCUCC